AUGUCUAGCACUCCCAACGAUGCGCCUCAGCGCGCCACGGCCGCUCAGCUGGCCAGCCGAAAAAUCAAGGACAUCCGCCGACGCCCUCGAGGCACGACCCCGACUGGCGGCGCAGACCAACAACAACAACCCACCAAUGCAUUUGGUGGUCUCUCUACCCCCAACUUCUCUAACCCCGCUCCCAAUUUUGGAGCUCCUCCUGCUCAGUCUGGAGGUUUCACUUUUGGCCAGACCCAAAGCCAAAGCUUCCCGGGAGCCAACUCCGGCCCCAGCCAGCCCAGCCAGCCCAGCCAAAGCAAUGCUUCGGCUUUCUCGUUCGGCGGUGGCAGCAGCAGCAGCGGUGUUGCUCAAACUGGCUUCAACUUCGGAGCCUCUUCUGGUGGAUUCGGUUCUUCCACCUUCAACAACCCUUUCGCUAGCGAGGCCGGCAAAGCUGCCCCUACCCCGACUACCCAGAGCGCACCCUUCACGGGCUUCAGCUUCGGUAACCAACCCACUUCUCAAUCCGCAAAUCCAUCCCAGCCUGCUUUCUCCUUCGGUGCGCCUCAAACCGCGACUCCCUCAAUGGGCUCUGGCAUGUUUGGUCAAUCCAACGCCAUGAACUCCUCUUCCACCCCCGCUGAUUCUAUGCAAAUGUCACCGGACGCCAAACCAAAGACCUCCACUACCACUCCAUCUUUCCAAAGCCAGAAUCUCUUCGGAGGCUCGGCUACCAAUGUUUUCGCUCCGAAGCCUGAUACCCAGGCCGGUAACCCAUUCAGUAACUUGAAUGGCACUUCGACCGCUGAGAAGCCCGCAAGCGACAAGCCUGAGGGCUUUGCUGCCAAGCCUGCGUUUGCCGGUCAAGCAACCCCAGCAUCUAACCAGGCCCCUCAGUUUGGAAGCCUGUUUGGUGCCCCCGCUGCAGCUGCGAAGCCAUCAGAAUCUGAGAAGCCUGCACCGACGAACAUGUUUGGAGCUGGCUCGAGCCAGUCUGCAUUCCCAGGCUCGUCAACCGCGAAGCCUGCGGCUGAGAAAGUCACGCAAAACAACAUUUUCGCACCGAAAACCGACAUUUCUGCUGAUGCCAACCCAUUUAAGAACCUAUUCGGAGCUGGCUCAGCCACUCCUCAAACAUCCGCUCCUCCGGCUCAGGCUCCUCCAGCCCAGAAUCUUUUCGCUCCAAAGCCAGCAACAGAGCAAUCCCCCAGCAAACCUGCGGAAGCCCAGUCAUUCACAAACAUGUUCGGUGGGGCUGCUGCAUCUAGCACGCCUAAGCCUGCUGAGCCCUCGGCACCUAACAACAUGUUUUCACCCAAGCCAGCGCUCGCUGCGCCGUCCACAUCUCUCUUCGGAGCACCUGGAGCUCCUGCUGGUACCCCCAAGCCCUUUGAAGCCCCCAAGGAGCAGCCAACCCCAGCCCAGAACCUUUUCGCUCCUAAGCCAACCUCAGAUCAGCCCGCCACAAACAAUCUAUUCGCGUCGAAAUCGGCAGCAGACCAAGCUUCCGAAAAGCCAUCUAGCUCUAACCCGUUUGGAUCUUUGCUUGGAGCAUCUGCCCCCAAGCCUAAUGCAUCGGAGCCGGAGCCCGCCAAACCCCAAUCUACCCCGACAGCAAAUCUAUUCGCAGCUUCACCUGCCAAGCCACAGGUGUCAACAAUCCCCGCUAAGCCUCUGGGUGGUCUCUUCGGCGCCAAGCCCGAUACAACCUCGCAGGGCAUUGCUCCUUCUUCGUCAACCUCUUCAAAUGCCAAGCCGGUGGUCGCUCCUCCCAUUCCGAAGUCAGGUUUGGCUGAUAGCGUGGACAAGAGCAAUUCUGAACUCUUGCAUAAGCUUCGCAUCCUGGACACCAUUUUCAAGGAAGAGUUGUCCAUCUACGAACCUGGUGUGGAUGGGUUCGACGGUUUGAUUAUGCAUUAUCUGAUUGUACGUCGGGCAAUGGGCGCGCCCGUCGGUUCUAAAAAUGACUGGAAGACCUUUGGGACCGCACCUGUGCCUAAUGGCCAUGUUGCUAAGGCCCCUACGACUGUGAACGGGGUGAAUGACUCGACCACCUCUAACGUGUUUGCACAGUCGUUCUCGUCCCCAGCAAAGGCAACUGAACCAUCAAAUGCUGCAGUUAAAAAGCCCGAGAACCCGUUCGCAAAGUUGAACACGACUGACUCCGGAAACUCGUCUAAGCCCGCCGAAAAUCCCUUUGCGAAGAUUCCUACCACUACCACUGGUGCCGCUUCUGAAUCUGCUCCCAAGGCCGCUGAGAACCCUUUUGCUAAGAUCCCGACCACAACUCAAACAUCAACUCCAGCCAAGAAGCCUGAAACACCUGCUGCUCCAAAGCUGGCGGGUAAUAUGUUUGCCAGUGCUCAAUCAUCGAAUGCAAAUGGUUCAGCAGCUCCUCUUUCAAUGCCUAAGUUUGGCAAUGGCACUGGCAACAUGGACUUCAUGGCCCAAUUUAAAAAGAAGGCAGAAGAGACCGCGGCCAAAGAAAAGGCCAAGCGGAAGGCAGAGGACUUCGAUUCUGAUGAAGACGAUGAGGAGGAAUGGGAGCGUCGUGAUGCUGAGCAACAACGCGAGAAGCGUGCGAAGUUGGAAGGCGCUUCGAACAAGAAGGCCGUUUUCAUUCCUGGCAAGGGCUUCUCAUUUGUUGAUGGAGACGAGGCGCCACAAGAAGAGUCUUCUAAGAAACUUGCACUACCCGCCCCUUCUCCUGCUCCUUCUUCUGGCUCGAUCUUUGAUUCUUCUAGCCAGCCUGUCCCGGCUUCUCAAAACAUAUUCGGUCGGAUCUCCUCAACAACCCCCCAACCCGCCGGUGAUAGCAAUGACAGCGACGCCUCUGAUGAGGCGAAGCCUCGAUCACCGAAGCACCGUGCCUCUGGCGAUGACAACGAUGAACAAGACGAUUCUGAGCCUACUGGCCGUAAAUCUAAGCGGACAAAGGCAAUCGAAAAUGGCGAUGCAAGCAAGUCUAGCCUAGACACACCCCUUCCGGCGCCGACUGCUGCAGCCAGCCGAAGCCUUUUCGACCGUAUUGAAUCCCCAACCCCAAGUAUCGCUUCUCCCAAGCCAACUUCUAGCGGCAUUAACUUCGGUGCCUCUACCCCUUCUACUUCAACAAACCCUUUCGCAUCUCUCGGCGCAAACUCUCAGACUUCUCAGCUCUUUGGUGCCUCGUUUGGUACCAGUUCACCCCAGCUGGCAUCUACCACCUCCCCUGCCCCGGCUGACAACACUUGGAAGCCCUCUACUCCCAUCAAGUUUGCCGCCGACACAAACUCGACUUCCGCUCAAGCCUCCACUGAGGCAUCAGCUCAGACUUCUGGUGCUGAAAAUGCCACCCCUGGAGCUGCAACACCUGAUGAAGAGGGCGGUGCACCUGGCUCCAUAUUUGACAUGUCCUCCGCCAAUGCCGGCGAGGAGGAAGAGACCGUGGUCUUUGAAUGCCGCGCUCGCGCUUUCAAGUUAACCACUGGAUGGGUUUCUCAAGGCACUGGAGUUGUGCGACUGCUCAAGCAUCCCGCCACCGGUCGUGCUCGAGUUGUUCUCCGUGCUGAUCCUGGUGGGAACAUCAUCUUGAAUACGCUUCUUAAGAAGGAGCUGGACUAUGCGCGUACCAGUAACAGCAUGCAGUUCAUGGUCCCCCAGGCUGAUGGCAAGCCUGAGCAAUGGGCUGUUCGAGUGAACGCCAAGUCGAUUGAUGCCCUCAACGAGCACUUCCAAGCAAUCAAAAAUUAG